CCGGGGUCUAGAGGAGGAGCUGAGCGCAGAGAGGCGGCGGCGGGCGCAGACCCAGUCGGGCCGGGAGCUGCCGGCCGGCGGGGGCAGGGGCGGCGGCCGCCCGUGGGGCGGGGGGCUCGGCUCGGCGCCUCGGCGGCGGCCCCCGGGCCCUAUGGUGCCGCGGCGGGAGCGGGUUCCUGCUCGCCGCCUUCGGAAGGGGCCCGCGGAGCGGCGCGGGGCAGCGGAGCCCGCCGGCCCCGGCGCUUGGCUAGCAUGAGGAACGUGCCGAUCUUCCUCCUCUCCCUCUGCUGGAGCCUGGGGCGGGUGAAUGGUGUCCAUCCAGAAUGCAGAUUUCAGCUGGAGAUUCACAAGGAGGAAACAAGGUGCAUGGAACUUCUAAAGAAUGCAAAGCCAGUAGACUACAAAGGAUGUGUUGGAAUUUGGGAUAACAUCACCUGUUGGCGUCCUGCGAAGAUUGGAGAGACUGUCACUGUCCCUUGUCCAAAAGUAUUUAGCCUUUUUUCUGGCAAACCAGGAAAUAUUAGCAAAAAUUGUACAAGUCAUGGAUGGUCAGAUAUUUUUCCUGAUAUCUUAAGUACUUGUGGAUAUAAUGACUAUGAAGAUGAUUAUAAGGUCAACUUCUAUGUAAGGGUGAAAGCAAUUUAUACCCUUGGACACAGUGUAUCUCUGAUUGCUCUCACUACAGGAAGUAUAAUUCUUUGCCUUUUCAGAAAACUCCAUUGUACUCGGAACUACAUCCAUCUGAACCUGUUCCUCUCUUUCAUUCUAAGAGCAAUCUCUGUUUUAGUCAAGGAUGAUAUUCUCUAUUCCAGCUCCAACACAGCUCACUGUCCAGAGGAUCAAACCUCAUGGGUGGGCUGCAAGGCUAUUUUGGUGUUUUUUCAGUAUGGUGUUAUGGCAAACUUUUACUGGCUCUUAGUUGAAGGACUUUACCUCCACAUUCUCCUUGUGCUAAUAUUCUCCCCCAACAGACACUUCACAAUCUACCUGCUGAUAGGAUGGGGAAUUCCUACUAUAUUCAUUAUUACAUGGACAGUGACACGGAUCAUUUUAGAGGACACUGGUUGCUGGGAUACAAAUGAGCAUGGUGGUCCCUGGUGGGUUAUACGAAUACCAAUUUUAAUUUCUAUUAUAGUGAAUUUUAUACUUUUCAUUAGUAUUAUAAGAAUCUUACUGCAGAAGUUAAGAUCUCCAGAUGUUGGAGGAAAUGACCAGUCACAGUACAAGAGACUUGCAAAAUCCACGUUGUUACUUAUUCCGUUAUUUGGAGUUCACUACACAGUGUUUGCUCUAUUUCCUGACCGCAGCUCCAAUAAUUAUAAAAUAAUCUUUGAGUUGUGUUUGGGAUCUUUUCAGGGGUUGAUUGUUGCUGUCCUGUAUUGUUUUUUGAACAGUGAAGUGCAAGGGGAGCUGAAGAGAAAAUGGCGGAGUUUGUGCUGGAAGCAGACAGCAGGCAGAGAUUACCGACUCCACAGCUCUUCAAUUUCUCGAAAUGGAUCAGAAAGUGUUUCUCAGCUCCACCGGAAUUCAAGGGCUCAGUCAUUUCUGCAGACAGAGACCACCAUGAUAUAAAUCAGCUAGGUCCCUCAAAACAUGAAAAACUGUGGAUAUAUCAUUCAUUAUGCAGCUUGAUGUGAUAUUUUACAAAAUGUACAGUUUAGUGCUUUGCUUUUCUCCAUGUUGGUAUUUGGGAAAUUGGUUUGUGCAGCCAACCAGUUAAUAACAGACACAGCUGACCAAUGGAUGCUUUCUGGUUUGGUUUUUUUUUUUUUUAAAUGGUAUUCAUAUUAAUUCUGAUGUUCUCUUGGCGUUUACUAGCUGUAACUAUUCAAAAACUCAUUUACUGCAAUGGUCCCUUUACCCUCCGACAUGUCUACAAGAUAGAUGUAUGGUAUCGUGUUCAAUGCAGACUGCUUUGGUACAUGUUGAAGAGGUUAAGAUGGGAAGCAAGAAAAUUUUUUACGCUUUAUUUAUACUGAAGGAAACAUUAAUUUCCUUAAGGAUUAGGAAAUUCUUUCCUGAUUAUGAAAAACAAAAAGAAAAAUAAAGAAGUGUAAGACUAUAAUUAACUGCACUAGGAGUUUAGUGUGCUAAUCCAGGAAAUCUUUAACACUUAUACAGAGGGGAAAAGGAUAAUACUUCUUGGCUAAUUGUAUAAAUUUCAGAGGUUACUUUCUACAGAGUUUUAUUCCAAUCCCAUUGUUCCUUUCAGAAGUGCCUGGUUUUAAGUUUAGGUGCAGAAAGUAUGGUUGCCUUUGCAGUCUGAACAGAAAAGACUAUUUUGAUUAAAACAUCUGCAUUCUCCAGUACUGCUAUUGCAAUCACCAGUUGUUCUGUUUAAAAUCAGAUGUUUGUGUUCUUUUAUUAAACAAUUUUCUGUAGAGGUGCUUUAUUGCUAGAGCAGUCUGGCAUAGGAUAAACAGCCUUGGAUAGCAUAUUGCCCGUUGAGAAUAUAAUUUUUAUAUAAUACUUUCACUGAAAUAUGUCUCUAGAACGACAUACUUGGCAGAUAAAACAAGGAAUAUUGCAAUAAAGUUACCACUCCCAUUUAAGGAAUAAUGUAAAUUCCUUCAGCUUAAUUCUAUUCUGUAUCUAUCUGAGCUGAUAAAAUUUAGUCCUGACCAUGACUCCAGCAAAAAAAAAUUAGAAUCCCUAAAAAUUACCAUAAAAGGCAUAAAUAAAAGGAAUUUUCAACAACGCCAAGCCUCUUAUGUAGCCACUUUGUAAAAAAAAAAAAAAGAAAAAGACAUAGAACUGACAGAUUCUUAUAUACACAGAACAUUUGCACUCUUUAAAAGAAAUAAACCCAGUGAUGUUUACUUCCCAUGUCAUGUUUAACUGUGUCCACUCUAAAUAGCAAGUGAGAAUUAGAUAUGUUUGCAUGAGUAACUCUGAUCCAUAAAAACAAUUGCACUGAUAUUUGAAAUGACAGAGUCUAUGGAGCUAGCAGAAUCCAGGAUCCACCAUAUUGCCAGGUAAAGGGAAUAAUAGUGGAAAGGACAGGUCUUGGCAGACAUACAUGUACAUUCUUGAAAAUAUUGCCAGUACUGGAGAUAUUGUUGGCAGCUGUCAUAGUGUCCAUGCAUCUCUUGGUCUGAUUUAAUUCAGCUCUUUGUCAGUCAAGCACCAUUUAUUUUAAUGGGAUUUCCCUGGAGAGAUACAAAUUUAUGUCAGACCAAAAAUAGAGAAGGCCCCAUGGUUCACAUGAGUCCUGCAGAACGGGUAAAUCGGUGUAUGUCACAUGACACCAACCUUUACAUAGUGGGUAUCAUGUGACUUAAACAAUGAUCACUGGAUGAAUUGUUACUUUGCCAGAUUCAACUUUAAAGAUGCUACUGGUCACCUCCAGUUGUUCAGUGUUUUCUGCUGUGACUUGGUGAAGUAACUAUGAGAUUUUAGUGUGAAGUAGGUUGCCAGUGACAGUCCCAUGGGGUCUAAAGAUAUGCCCCUACACAUGUAUUUAAAUAUAUUCCCAAAGUAUUUAGACUCCAGAAACACUGCUAACCUUGAGUAUUUUUCCUAGAUCUCUGAACAAACUCUUACCUGCAAAUAUAAGAAGACACAUUGGAGCUUUGAGGGUUGCUCCUAUACCUAAAUUAAACACAUCUCUGCACUUUAGGCUUCUUUAUCUGAAGUGGCAUUAGGACUGCUCAGCUCCCUGAGGUGUGAUGUGCAGGAUGUACUUUUCUCCCCAAAUUUGACAAGCAUUCAAGUGUACUCAUCUUUAUGUUCAAAUGAGGUUCUUUGAGUGAGUUGACACAGAGACAGAGUGAUGGUAUAGAAAAGAGAUUUCAAGCAAUCAGUUCUAUAAGUGUGUUCUGCAUGAUGCAUCACCAAUUAUAUGUGUUUAUAAUUCAUUGUAUCCUAGAGAAAACUAUCUUGGUUCUAAUUAGGUGAGCAUGGACCAAAUCUACAUAUUAAUGAUUUCUGGAUUAUAAAACAGAAAAGCUUAAAUAAGAAAAUACAUUUUAAUUUGCAACGAAACAGCAUGGCUUCCUUUAACAGGGUGCAGAUGCAUUUGGACUUGUUUCUACUUUUCAUAUAGGAGUAAUGCCAUAUGAGACACUGAAGUUGUACCAGUGGGAGAACAUAGAUCAUAUCACUAAAUUUGUAAAGGGACAUGUGGGCAUGCAAAGAAUGACAUGCAAAGGAGAGAGGUGCUACAUAUAUUUUUCUUUCAAACUAGUGAAAAGUGCAGUACUUGCUAGAACCUCAUCCCUCUAUUAAAAAUCAUAGAAUCUAAAUACAGAAAAUAUGUUUUCUGUGAGACAGUUUAACUUUAUAAUGUUUUGUGCAAACAUUUUCAUGUCAGAAAAGGCCCAGAGGGCACUGUGCUCACUUGUUCUUACUCCCAGAAAAUUGGUGAUGGGUGCUGUAGGUAGCCAGCUGAGUAACUACCCAAUUUAAGCAUACAUUGGUACUGUAGUGUCAAUAACUAUUUGGUGGCAAAUAGCAUUACAAAAAGCCUUCUACAGUCAAGUUGGAGGCAUCCUGCCCCAUUCUGUAGCAUCUACUUCAUGUCCCAAUGCACCCCGCACAGGCUUCCCUCUGCCUUUAACAUGAUGAAGGGAAAAGCAACAGACACAGACCCUCAGCAAACCAGAGAAUCUGUCUGAGACAGCUUUAUGAAAUAAAGCAUUGCCAACUGCAUGUCUCAGACACCAUGCAUAAAGAUUAAGAUGAGUCAUUGGCAUUAUUUGUCUCCUAUUUUUGUGAAUUCUAAAAAACAUCUGUUGACUGUGAAUUUGUCCAUUUCAGCAAAGUGAUAGUGAAUAAAGUCCAAAUUCACUUUAUACAGAAUUUUUUCAGACAUCUCUAAUGAAAAGUGAAUUGUUAAAUAAGUCCGAUAAAAAAGAAGAACCAGCAAGUAAGCUGCAGAGUAAGCUGCUAUGUAUAUAAGGGUUAUUGUCUGAGCAAUUAUUGUCUGUGCAUAGGGAUACAGGAAAGACUUUUACAAACAAAAGUACCUUCACAUUACCAUGAGUGCCUAUAUAAGCUGUGGGCUGUCAGUACUACCCUGACAUAACCAAAUAGAAGUUAGUACGCAGUGCUGUUCUGUUGAAGAAAAAACACUAAUAAUAAUGUGUUCUAACGUGUACGUUAUGAGAGUACAUCAGGAUAACAUUUAAAAGGAGCAUUCUGUGAUACGGUUUAACCACUUCGUGUUGAACCUAGUUCUGCCCAAUGAUAACAGUAUGUAGCUAAAUCUAAGUCAGUAACAUUUCCAUUGUCAGCUAAACCAGUGGCUGAAAUGUCACAACCCCCUUUAUUUUCCAAAGCACAGUAAUAAGUUUAUGAUAACCUGUAGCUUUUUUUUUUUUUUUUUUUCCCCUGGCACAUUAGUAUGGGUAUUGUUUUGAAAUUCUCUUUCGUCAUCUUUAUCAAUAACUUUUUAUCUGUCAAGUAUGGUAAAAACUAAAAAUGAUGUAAAUGAAUGUGAUUAUUUUUUACAAAAUGUACAGACUAUGAUGUUGUACAGAUAAGGUGUGUAAAUAGAUUUCAUACUGUAAUUCACUAUACUUUUCUUCCGGUUUUGCUCUUUUGUUCUUUUCUGGUUUCAAUGUCACAUACCUAACAGCCUUCUCUGAGAUACCUUAUAUAUAAAGCUGUGAACAAAUAUGUGUUUACAUCUUUAUGCUAUUAGAGAUAAUAGUUAAUAACACCAUAAUGGACUGAAGAGGAAUCAGAGAAUAAAAAUUUUAAAGGUUUUGCACAGAA